CUGAGCCGAGCGCAGUGGCCGCCGACCACCGAGCGCCCCGCGCCGCUCCCUGCAUGUGCGGCCCGCGGCGGCUCGCAGCCCCCGGCAGCAGCCUCGGCAGCUUCGGCCGCGCCUCGAGAGGCGGCUGCAGCGGCUCUAGCGGCGGCCGAGCGGCCGAGCCCGGGCUGGGAAACACGAUGCGCCGCGUCCUCCGGCUGCUCCUCGGCUGCUUCCUCACCGAGCUGUGCGCCCGCGUGUGCCGGGCGCAGGAGCGAGCGGGGCACGGGCAGCUGGCGCAGCUGGGCGGCGUGGUGGUGCUGGCGGGGGGCAACCGCUCGGGGGCCGCCUCCGGAGAGGUCGGUGAGGGCGUGGGGGUCUCGGACGCACCCCCGACCCGGGCGCCCACGCCGGACUUCUGCCGGGGCUACUUCGAUGUCAUGGGCCAGUGGGACCCGCCGUUCAACUGCAGCUCGGGCGACUUCAUCUUCUGCUGCGGGACUUGUGGCUUCCGGUUCUGCUGCACGUUUAAGAAGCGGCGACUGAACCAGAGCACCUGCACCAACUACGACACUCCACUCUGGCUCAACACCGGCAAGCCCCCAGCGCGCAAGGACGACCCCCUGCACGACCCCACCAAGGACAAGACCAACCUGAUCGUUUACAUCAUCUGCGGGGUGGUGGCCGUCAUGGUGCUUGUGGGCAUCUUCACCAAGCUGGGGCUGGAGAAAGCGCACCGGCCCCAAAGGGAGCACAUGUCCAGGGCCCUUGCAGAUGUCAUGAGGCCACAGGGCCACUGCAACACUGACCACAUGGAGAGAGAUCUCAACAUCGUGGUCCAUGUCCAGCAUUAUGAGAACAUGGAUACCAGAACCCCCAUAAAUAAUCUUCACACCACCCAGAUGAACAACGCAGUGCCCACCUCCCCUUUGCUCCAGCAGAUGGGCCAUCCACAUUCCUACCCCAGCCUGGGCCAGAUCUCCAACCCCUACGAACAGCAGCCGCCUGGCAAAGAGCUCAACAAGUACGCCUCCUUGAAGGCUGUCGGAAGUUCUGAGGGUGACUGGACAGUGGCGACACUUAAGUCACCGAAAGCCGACAAGGUAAAUGAUGACUUCUACUCCAAGCGACGGCACCUGGCCGAGCUGGCCGCCAAGGGGAACUUGCCUCUGCAUCCCGUAAGAGUGGAGGAUGAGCCGCGGGCCUUCAGUCCUGAGCAUGGCCCCGCCAAGCAGAACGGACAGAAGUCCCGCACCAACAAGACGCCCUCCCACCCCCUGGCCUACAAUUCCACCGCCAACUUUAAGAGCUGGGACCCCAAGGAUCAGUCUCUUCGGCGGCAGCAAGCUUAUGGGAACAAGGGCAAGCUGGGCACGGCUGAGUCCAGCUCCAGCGACCCCUUGGGAACUCGCACCCAGCACUACCCACCCCCGCAGCCAUACUUCAUCACCAACAGCAAAACGGAAGUGACUGUCUGAGCUGUCGCUACAGGGGACAUCCUGGAGACCACACUCAACUGAGAGAGGCAAAAAAUACCCCAACACACACCCUCCCUGUCCCUCGCCCGCACACCCACCCACACGUUCACCCUCCACACCGACCGACGACAAACCUACUGGUGACAUGGAAUCACGCUUUUCCUGUGUCAUGCCUAACACGUGUCGGCGGGCAGCUGAGCAAGACCGGAACGUGGACGGUCAGCAAUACAGCCAAGGGGAAACUGAGGCACCCGCUUUCGACUUCAGGGUCGAGGUGGCCAACUCACAUGCCUAAACCGUGGGGCUGAUUUUUCUUUUCCUCCUGACUUGAAACAAAUCCAUGAUGAAAAAAAAAAGUAGCACAAUUUAGAGAAAUUGUCCAUUUGAGCACAUAUACCAUUGACCAUGCAUUGUCUGUUUCUGGGUGAAAGAGCCAGAAAGGAUGGAAGGUGGGGUAGAAAAGAGGGGUCGCUGGUGCACUUGAUAAGCAUUUUCUAAUCCCAGGAAGUAGUGAUGUGGACAUAAAAUUGUGAUGAGCGUGAGACAGUAACUGGACCCCCCCCCCACCAUGCUAUUUAUAUACUUCUUACAUCAUCAAGGUUGGAAGCAAAAACAACACACACUCAAACUCACAAAAAAUAAAUAGACCCUGAACCCGCUGACAGUGAUGGGAAAGAAAGAACUUUUUUAGACAACUCCCAUAAAGACUGUGGAAAUGGGAGGGGUAGGCUUUUAUGGCAGGGAGAGGGUCCAGAGCGUCUUAAAUAACUAUUUUUUAAAAAAAGGAAAAUAAAAUAGAAUCCCACUACAAAACAGACAAGAACAGCAAAGUAACUUUUGUCCAACGUCUUCAAGACUUAGGAAUUCAACAACGUCGUCAAGAACAAACAAACAAAAUUCACAGUUGAAAUGUCGAUAAGAGGUGAGAAGGGGACCCAGAGCCUCCGAUUUCUGGCGUUGUCCCCCCGCCUCCGAGCCAAGAAACAGAGACAGAAACCAGUCCUCUAUUAACUGUCUAUCCCCGACUCCCUUCCCCUUCAGCCUGUUGCUGCCACCGCUGCCGAGUUUCAACUGCUUUGGACUGAAAAUGUCAUAAGCGUGGGUGGUGCCUUCAAUGUGUCACUGUUGAAUGACAGUCUUGUUUCCCAAGUGCAACCUGUGUUCUUUUAGCCUUCCUGCCUCCUGUCUUUCUGCAGUAGUAGAAGGUGUUUCCGUCCUCUGUUUGUUGGUGAGCCCACCCGAUCCCACACUCUGAGGGGGAAUGCUGCAACUUGCAAAGACCAAGACCUCCCUCCCCCGCACACUGUCAAAACUCCCCGAGUCCCACCCCAAGCUCCCCAAACCUAGCGUGGAACGCAAGCAUUCCUGGUCCCAUCAUUUCCAGGAUAGGUAGAUAGACAAACGAUCCCUCCAAACCACUUCCCCAGAUACUGCAAUGCGUUCAUUUCCCAUCCACGAUACCCCGGGGUGGUUGUUCAGAUGGAUUCUCAUAGCUAAUGGGUGUCCCGAUAAAGACAGUUUUCCUAAUAGUCUGAUUUGUUUAGUGGAAGCCCAAAGAGAGAGGUUGACGGAGAAGAGAUUUUCAUUUAAGGUGAGAAGUUUUCAAGCAGUCCCUUGAAUGGCUUAGCUAAUUAACAGGAACCUUGGAGAGACCCCCAGCUCUUCUGAUGUCAGAAACUGAACGUGGUCUGAACAAGACCCUUCCUGGAAUGCUGGACAUCAGCGUUCUGCUUCCCCAUCUCUCUGACAUCAUGGGAUUGGGGAAACCAGCUGUUUAUUCUCUUCUUUACUCCCAGCUGAUGUGGGGACAUUGACAGUGCAUUUUAUCUCUCUGGGCUUUAGUCUUCCACUUGAAACAUGGGGAAUUGGGGCGAGAUCAAGCUUUUCAAGAUUUUUGAAAUAGCAAAACCUCUGCCCAUUAAAAAAAAAGAAAAGAAAUCGUGCCCAGGAGACCCUCUGUCAGAUCCUGGCGAAUGUGAGGCUCUGUGCUGGGUGAGGCAGAGCUGGGAGGUUUAGUGCCUGCUUUCUCAGCCUCUUGGCUGAAACCCCAGUGCUACCCACUGUGGAGUAAUGACUAGUGGGCUUGGUCAGUGUUUCCUUGAUGUUAGUUAUCUGUGUACCUGCCGCACACUUUUGGCAUCUUUGUGUAUCCCUAUCACAAUAUUUGUACCUAAAUUGAUACAUUUUUAAUACAUUUAACUUUUGAAAGGAAAACUAUCUGUCAGUAUCACAAACAGAAAACCAAUAUCAGUCACCCUGAAUAGAAAAUAAGUGUAAAAUAAGGACAAAGGCAACAGCGCAGCGAUUGUUAUGUUCUAGCUACAGGCUAUUACCCGCAGAAGGGUUUGAACCUGGAGCCUGGCGUUUGCUCCCCUUCUUUCUCUUCCCUUCCUUCUUUUCUCUCUCCCUCUCCCCUUUUCUUGAUUAAAAACAGAUUAGCAGACAUUCAAGAGUUGUUAAAGAUAUACCGGCACCCAUUGGAGACUUUCUCCUUGAAGUACUCAAAUGGGCUGACACAAGUGAAAAGGGAAUCGUUUCCUAUGUGACUCAGUGGUAGUUAGUGCUCCAUCCAUGUACUACUAAAAAUCAUCUUGCGUUCACUAGUGGUGCACAGCGCAUACUUCAGGAAAUAGUGGAUUGGCUUGUUUGGUGAGGUUCCCUCCAGCUCCAAAGUUCUAUCAUUCUAGUCUCCCUUUUAGCUCCUUUCUGCUCCUUUCCCUCAACCCCCUUAUCCCAGCCCUGAUGAAGGACCUUUCUCGGUCUCUGAAUCUACAGGAUUUAUUCGUCGUGUUCCUUCUCUUCUGAGUAAACCGCACCCAGUGAAUUUUGUAACUUGGAGGUCUGCAGCUAUAAUUUCGGCAGUGAAGUUGCAGCUUGGUCCAUAAGAAGUAACAGUGGUGAGAGCCCAAGAAGAGCAGUACUUAGCCUCGUUACCUUCCAGUUGGCUUUGGGAGCUGAACUGAAGCGGGGGAAGGGAGGGAGUUUGGACAGGGAAGUUUAUUCUCUGGCUUCUUCUAGGGAGGUGUGGACAGACCUCAUGAUACUGAAAGGUUAUCAUGACCUGUAGAACUGUGACUGCCAUGUAUCAACAAGGAUCCUCUAGCUAGAGUGGGGAGACUUAGAAGCGAGAAACCAGAACAAAGCAGGGAGAUUAUCCCCUCCCCAUCUCCUGCCCUGGCAGUAGCCUCUUCUUACCUUUAGCUACCCCGCAACUUCCAACCCAACAGGGCCAGAGUCUGACUUCCCUUUGCCCUCCCAGAGCGUCUCAGCCUCCGUCGGCCUUGGGCUCCGCCUGGCAUUUCCAUCUAACUCCCCCCCAGUUUUUUUGUGUGUAAAUGGAGCAUAUUUUAUGUGCGAAUAUUUUAGUAACCAUAUGUUCUGCAAGUAAACCUGUGUUAAUACUUGUCAACAACUGCAGAGUUUAUGAUACCAAUAAUACUUCCUACAAUGAAGAAAAAAACACAUUUGUUUGUUUUCUAAGAAUGUUUAUUUGUAAACAUAUGUAUUCACUAUAUUAAUAUGAAUUUCUUACCUGGCAAUAAAA